AUGUGGUGGAAGUCUGAACAUGGUUCACUUAAAAAUGAUCUAAAACCCCUUGUUAAUGAUGAGGAUGCAACAAUGUUAACUAUGUGUGCUGAGGAGACUAAGUGUGAUGUUGAGAUAUAUACAAAGAAAAGAUUAUCUAGUGGUGAGAAGACUUAUAUGGAGAGGUUAAAAGAGAAAGAAAAAGGCUAUGUUAAUGUUGAGGAAAAUGAAGAUGGUGAGGAUAGUGAAUCAUCCGAAGACUCUUUGAAUGAUAUAUACUUUAAAGAUAGUGAAGAAGAGAUGAUGUACGAUUUUGAUGAAGACAUGGGUGAAGGUGCUGGUAUAGGUGGAGUGGAUAAUGGUGAUGGUACAAGUCAAAUGGAUAAUGGUCAAGGGAUACAUAAAGAGUUGAAUACAGCUGAUAUGCAAAGGGAACAUGUAAUUGAGGAUGAUUACAUCACAAAUGAGCUUGAUAGUGGGGCAGAUGAUGAUAGUGAUGAUGGUAGGCCUUCAGUGAUAAGGUUUAAUGAACAUGAAAACCUUAUAAAAGAAUUUAAAUUCAAGGUGGGAAUGAAAAUUUCUUCUCUGAAGCAAUUUAAAAAGCCUGUACUGGAACACAAUGUGUUGAAUGGUAGGGAGGUUAGAUUUGCCAAAAAUGAUGGGACAAGGAUCAAAACUCUAUUUCAUAAGCACAAAUAUGGAGGAAAGUUCUUCAACAAGAAUGCUAAUGCUGAUUGGGUAUCUAGAGUGAUUGUUGACAAGUUGAAGAACAAUUCAGGCUUUCAAAGCAAGGCAGCUAGCUAG